UUGAUGUCUUUCUAGAUAAGUUGUUGAUUAGGCUAGAAGACAAAAGCUCUGCCAUAAUGUACAUUCAAAAUGUGAGUCUCCCGGCCUCACUUGGGACCACCAAAGGUGUGUCAAUGGCUGCCAUGAAUCACAAUCUUCAGUCCCUUAACGGUGGCUCGGUGAUCAAUGGCAUCAAUUCACCUAGUGUGUAUAUUGGGUUUGAACAUUCGACGUUUAACUGCCAUAUAGAAGACCUCUCAUUCUGCGCCAUUAAUAGGCACAUUUAUGGUGAAGCCAAGGUCUGGUUCUUCAUACCACCAAGAUUUUACAAUGCUUUUCUUCAGUUCAUUACAACUCUCCCAAUCGCGUCAUUGUUCAAGAACCUGAAGUGUUUCAUGCAGCACAAGCAGCUCUGGUUGGAUUACCGCAUGGUAAUUCAAGCUGGUAUUCCUGUUUUUAUUAUUGUCCAAAAACCUGGAGAUAUCGUUUACCUACUUCCGAACACAAUUCACUGGGGCGCAAACGCAGGUUUGAAUUUAAAUGAAGCUAUGAACUUUGUGUCUAAGUCCUGGGUGCUGCCUGGAAUGCUGGCCAGCCAGAGAUGUAAAUGUCACCCAGCAAUGAAUUCCUUCUUUGACAUCAAAUCCACCCUGGUGCAGCUAGGGGCAGACCAGGAACACAUUAGUGCCUGGACAAUAGGAAAUACACAAGGCAUAUCUGUUCAUCUGCGUUCAAUAGCCCCUCUGCUUUAUCCCGACCUGUGUGCAGCAGGGUCAGAUUAUAAAGCAUCUGUUCCGGAGGCCAGUGUGGCCCCGGUUUACAAAGAAACCAUAAAAAUCAAGAAUGGUUACCAGUGUCCCUCUGGACCUUGCAGCCACACUGUAGCCUAUCGUGGUGAAGGUGCCAAAACUUCACUGUUGAACCACAUCAGAAAUGUCCACAAAAGUGAUGAAGUGAAGCUGUCUGCCUUGGUGGAGGCUGGUUUCAGAAAAAGGUCCUCAGAAUCUGGCACCCAUUUUGAGUGUCGGUACUGCAGUGAAAGACUUACUGGAGCAAAGAAGAGAAGGGAAAGCCAUGAAGAAAGCUGUGGUCAGAAGCAAGUCAAGAAAAUGAUGAAGUAGUUCUCAUUCCGUCAAUUCACAAGGAUAUAAACCUGCAUUUGAUUAUUUAUUUUGUUAUUUGAUGAUAAAACCUUUAUAACUUUGUAGUGUCGUGAUGUUUUUGAUGAAAGGCAUAAGAAGUUCUAGAUU